CGGUGAGCGAAUACAUACAGCUUCCUUACAAGAAAUUUUUGGAGAGACCUGAAUUUAAAUUCUCACGGGUUAAGGUCAGCCUCUACUUCCACCUCUUAUUAUUAUUAUUAUUAUUAUUAUUAUUAUUAUUAUUACUAACAGUUAGGGCGAGGAACUUAUUCCAUUUUCAACAGACCACAUUUGACAAUUUUGAUGUGGGUUUGUUUCGAGCUUCUUUUUAAUGUGAUUCUUCUCAUGUAAUAACAACAUGAUAUUAAUAUUUGAUCUUUGAUCUUUGUUUUUUGUUUUUUUUUUUGUUAACGUGAAUCUUGUACUGUAUAUUGUGUUCCUGAGAUUUUAGUAUGUAUUCUCUUAGAAACAGAAAAGUCUUACUAUAGAUAUGAGAAGAAUAAAAGCUUUGCUAUUUGAUUGUAUUAGCACAAGUAAAGUAAAAUGUUACAGAGACUGGUCUUUGUAUAGACCCAAAAACAAAAGGUUAAGUCUGUUAUAAACCAGAUUUUACAAAACUAAGUUUAUUCUAACAAGUCUAUAUAAAAUUAGUUUUGUUUGAGUGAUGCCAUUUUCUUAAGUCAAAUUAGUUAUGAUAUAAAGCUUACCUGAUCAUGGCAGAAAUGAGAAGCUUCUCUGAUUUUCCAAAGGAGAUACUGGAGGUAAUCUUAUUAUUGUUAGCUGCUGAUUCACUGGUGCAAUUGAAAUUUGUGAACAAGUUUUGCUAUUCUCUUAUCUCGCCUUUAAUCAAUGACCCGGAAUUUAUUGCCAAGCACCUCUUCCUUACCAAAAACCAGUCGUCUGCAUCCCUACUUUUCAGAUUGCCUUCUCCCCAUGUCAAUCAUAGUUUAUUCACAUUCCCAUUGUUGACUAUAUUUUAUGAUAAUGAUAAGAGCAAGCCUUUUUUAUCAGUCACCGAAGCUCUCAGUUUGCCACUAAUUCAAAAUGAAAGAUAUAAGGAUAUGGACAAAUGGGACCAGGCUUACCACUGUGAUGGGCUCAUUCUGCUAGUAAACGAUUUUGGAACAAUGAUGUUAUGUAAUCCUGUUUUGAAAGAAUCCAUGCUUCUUCCACAACCAAAGAAUGCUAUUCUUGAAGGGUCUCCUUCCGCUAUGGGAUUUGGACUUGAUCCUGAAAGCAACGAUUACAAAUGUGUUGCCAUUUGGUGUCAUGACAAUUGCAAAAUUCAGGUGUACACACUGAGUUCUAAUUCAUGGAGAGAGAUUAUUAUGCCUGCUGAUUCUGAAGACAUGAUGUACACUAUAACAUAUUCUUAUCUGUUCAGUGGUUUAUGUUGGAAGGGAGUUUGUUACUGGUUGGUGCAUAAUCCAGAUGCUUUUGAAUUUGACAAGGUCCUUAGUUUCAAUAUAAGUAAUGAAGAAUUUCAUCUGAUACAUUUGCCAGUUAUUGAUGAUUUGAUUUAUAUGCGAGAUAUUGAUAAUGAUUAUUGUGAAUACGGAUUCCACCUUUCAGUGUGGAAUGAUUCAGUUGUUGUGUAUAUGAAAACUGAAAGGGGAAGCUCUUGUGAGUAUCAUUUCUUCCCGAUUGAUGGUGCUGAAGAUGGUGCUAUUUCUCGGACUAACUAUUUUCGCGUUGGACCACUAGAAAAUGUUAGGAGUGAGAUAUCAUUUUGGAAGAAUGAUGAGAAACUGAUUGAAAUCCAGAAAGAUGGACAUGUACAGUUAGUGUCUUGCAACAUUCAUACCCAAAAGUUUAGAGAAGUUGUUUGUGAUCUAGAGGGAAUCAGAUUUGAUCAUUGGGCUUGUUUCUAUGUGAAGAGUUUGAUUUCUAUUAGGAGGAGGUGAAGUUUGAUCCUGUGAAAGAUUUUGACCUAGAAAAUGGAGCCUCAAAAAUGGGAAAUGGCAUGUUUAAACAUUUGUUGUCUCGGGAAGUAUGUAAUUGAAAGUAUUGGUUCAUAUAUAUUAAGAGCGCUUUAAGGCGUCCCAGAGAAAUCCAUCUCAAGUUUCCUCUGGGUAUUUUAGCUCUCUUUCUCUCUGUGUGUGAAAGAAUUAAUGAAUUUCUUCAUAUGAAUUUAUUUCUAUUUAAAUAUUUUAUUUUCAAUGGGCA